AUGGCUCAGAAGACACACAACUACCCCCUCCAAUCCACCGAGGUGAUCAACGAAAUAGGCAAAGUCAUCGACGAUGCCAGCGAGGAGCUACGCAGGCUGAAUCUCGAGAUAUUCAAUAACCCCGAGAUCGCAUUCCAAGAAGUCAAAGCAAGCAAGUUACUCUCCGAUUGGCUCGAAAACCGCGGCUGGACCGUUCAACGUGGCGUCUACGGGGUCCAAACCGCGUUUGAAGCACGAUUCUCCGUCAAAGAAGGCGGUCGAACCGUAUGCUUUAAUGCAGAAUAUGACGCUCUCCCUAACAUCGGCCACGCUUGCGGCCACAACCUAAUCGCAACCUCCGCCGUCGCCUCCGCCGUCGCCAUCGAACACAUGCUCAAAGCACACAACCUCCCCGGCACCGUCGUCGUAAUGGGAACCCCUGCAGAAGAAUCCCAAGGCGGAAAAUGGCUGAUGGCACAAAACGGUGCGUGGAAGGGCUUCGACUCCUGCGUCAUGACGCACGGCAUGCCGGAUCACAGCACUCCAGUUUGCUGCACCAAGGCAUCGUGGAAACUGCGCGCCAAGUUCUAUGGCAAAACUGCGCAUGCGGCAGCGGGACCAUGGACGGGGAGGAAUGCAUGCGAUGCGAUUGUGCAGGCAUAUAAUGGGAUUGCGCUGCUGAGGCAGCAUAUCCAGAAGAGUGAGAGUAUUCAGGGGUGUAUUCUGGAGGCGGGCAAGGCGGCGAAUUUAAUCCCCGACUAUUCGGAGGGUGUGUUUAGUGUUCGGGCCAAGACGGUUAAGGAGGUUGAAGCGUUGAGGGAGAGGGUCGAGGGGGUGUUCAAUGGGGCAGCGGCAGCGACGGGGUGUAGGGUUGAGAUGAACUGGUUUGCACUCUAUGAGGACGUCGUGACAAACGAUACUCUUGCGGAGCAAUACAGACAAUACAUGUUGCAGCACCUGGGCUUGCAACCAGAGCAGAUGGUACCUUUAAAGGAAGCCAGGACAGUGCACGACUCGGCAGGAAGCUCCGACUUCGGAAGCUGCUCGUACAUCUGCCCCGGCAUCCAGGCCAUGUUCGACAUCAAGGCACCCGAUAUUCCACACUCCGUUGGUUUCCUCGAGUCCGCAAAAGGCGAUGUGGCGCAUACGGAGGCGCUUCGGGCCGGAAAGGCCAAUGCGCUCAUUACUCUGGAUGUUUUGACGAAUGAUGAUUUCGCUCAGAAGAUGAAAGAUGAAUUUAGGGCGGCAAUGAAGGAAGCAGGGCGGUUGUCUGAGUGA